CGACUGUACUACACACCAAUAUUUGAUUCCCAGCCUUCUAAAAUGGCCGCCACCUUGAAGAUUACUUUGGCUGUGGUUGCUUGUUUUGCCCUCUCAUUGUGCUUCCAUGGCGUCGCCGGGAGCAUUGCGUGCGAGAAUUUGGACAAGGAAUCGUGCGGUUUUGCAAUAUCAUCAAGCGGGAAGCGUUGCGUGCUGGAGAAGCACGUGCGGAGGGGCGGCGAGGAAGCGUACACGUGCCGGACGUCGGAGAUCGAGGCCGACAAGAAGCUGGUGAAGGACUGGAUUGAAACGGAGGAGUGCAUCCAGGCCUGCGGCGUCGACCGGAACUCCCUCGGAAUCUCCUCCGACGCUCUCCUGGAAUCGCACUUCACGCACAUGCUUUGCUCAACUCCCUGCUACCACCGCUGCCCUAACAUCAUCGAUCUCUACUUCAAUCUCGCCGCCGGCGAAGGUGUGUAUCUCCCCAAACUCUGCGAAGAAGUAGGGUCGUCGUCUAACGCUCGACGCGCCAUGGCGGAGAUUGUGAGCUCCGGUAUCGUCGCACCGGCACCGGAGGAGUCGCGGCCGGUCAACUUCAUUGGUGCAUCGGAGCCGGCGUUGCCUCCUUUCUAAUUUUAUUUAAUUAAUCAAAGGGUGCAAUAUAUGUUACACUCCGUUCAAUAUAUGUUAUAGUUUGUACGUGCAUCAUAUCGCACGGAUGAUAUGAGUAUGCAUAAUAAGGAUCGUUGUGAUCCAUAGGGCACAUUUAUUUCUCUUUAGCCAAAGAAAUAAUGUGUAGGUAGUUAGCUAAGGUACGCAUAUAUGUUGCUUUUGUAUCAGUAUGUAGUACCUAUACUAGUGUUUGCACCCCCCUUAUACGCAUUUAUAAUAUAUGAUAUAAAUAUAAUAGUUUUUGUUUUA